GCCGUUCCAGGUAUAUAUACGCUUAGCUCCUAGUGCUUCGGCUUAUUGCCCAUUCAGAAGCCACUCUUAAGGGGUCUUCUCAGGUUUGUCUUAUUCCUUGUGGUAUACAUGAAAAUGCUAAAUUGUAUGAUCAGGCCCGAGGAGAACGAGCUCUUCAGCGCAGGUACUUUGCCGGCUGAGGUAACACAGCCAUCCAUCACCACUGCUCCAGCUUACGCCACACCAGUUAAACCUUCACAGUCAUGUCCUCGCAGAUUUUACACCGGGGGUCUCCAAAUGCCUCACUCUGGGAUUUGCUUGGCGAUGUGUUGAUUCCAGUGCUAGAAUUACUCUCACCGGCUGAGCUCCAUCCGCUUUCUCUUGUCAGCAAAGAGUCACGCGCAAUUUGCGAACCAAUACUAUACUCGAGUAUCGAAUGGACAUGGCUGGAAGACCGGCCACCUCCUAUUGCAGCUUUCAUUCGUACAAUUCUACGUAGACCAGAGCUGGCUGCACACGUGAGAAGUGUUUCAUUACUUGGCAAUUCCUUCAUUUCGUAUCACGAAGACCGAGAUUCAAUACCUCCCAGAAUCGAUAUCUCCACCUUGGACUACGACGAAGCAGUGAAAGCCAUGAAGCCGACGCGGGUGAGUUUUGCGCCCUCGUGGCAGAGACUCUCAUGGAAAGACCUGAUGUUGCAAGGCGCAAUGGAUACUCUGACCACACUUAUGUUAUCUCAGCUACACCAUGUCACGAGUUUGGUUCUUGGUCCAAUCUUUACGUUCGAAACUGCACUCUUGCAACGGUUAUUCUAUGCCGCGCUUUUCAAACAGACUGGUCAUGAUUUGCCCACCUAUGAGCACUUGCAGGUGCUACGUCUCAAUUUUGAUGCUAGGCAAGGCCGUACUGCUUAUUCGCUCACAUCUACGGACCUACUCCCAUGGUUCUACCUGCCAGCAAUCCAAGAGUUCUCGUUGGUCUCAUCUAUGCCGAUAGAUUGGGAGGACUUCCCCAAGCAGAUGCCUGAUUCUUCAUUGCUAACGAUACUCCACUUAACCGCUGUUGAACCGCAGCAUCUCGGCCACCUACUCUCAAAGACUCCAGCACUCAAGAAACUCCAUUAUAACUGGUACUACCGGUCCGGAGUCCAUCUAGACAGGCCAGAAGAAAGUUCACCCUGGGUCAGGCCUCGAUGAUAUUGGCGACGGUCUAGUUCAUGUGCGCGAAACGCUAGACGAUCUAAUAAUCACGGGCAAGUUUAUUCUCGAAGAAUCCUGGGAAUAUGACUUCCUUGAUUUUGAAGGGAUCACCCUGAGACGCAUUGUGGAGCUUGAUCACAUGAAAGCUCUCCAGGUCCCGUUGCCGUUCUUGACUGGCGACGUUGAUGAUCGUGGUGCAAUCGCAAUUGACGAUGUGAUAUCCCGAAACCUCGAAAGCCUGACAAUUACGGAGGAUCUAUUGCUUGACUGGCCAUGGAAUCCCGAAUGCGAGGACACUGCGGUCUCCUCUGCUGUAGGACGAUGGUUGAGAAAUCUUAGAGGGGUUCAAAUUAAGCCGGUGCUACAGACACUCGUGCUGAA